CCCCACCCUUGCGUGCAGCAGGCCAGCAGCUUAAUUCCUCAAGCAGCAACAUGACUGCAGAAUCUUUCAUUACCUUAUUACUAGUUUGCUUCCUCUGCUUAUAUGAAGUUUCUGAUAGUCAAGCUGUUGACAGGACUACUUAUGGAAAUGAUUUUUAUAUUGGCAUUAUCAGAACUGACCAAUGGAACGACAUAAAUGAAGACCGAAUUUUUAUUAGUACACUUUCCACUCAGUCUGUUAACUUUACAGUAGAAACAGAUAUAGGGUGGAAUAGUGCUGGAAAUGUUUCGGUUGAUGAACCAGCCACUGUGCUCUUACCACAGCGUGUUCUUCGAUCAGUCCAUGCUAACUACUCUGAACGAUAUAAAGGAAUACAUGUUCACUCUGAUUCUCCUAUAUCUGUGAUUGCAAUGGUGGCAGAAUAUGAUUUUAAAGAGGGAUACUUGGCUUAUCCGUAUACUAAUCUCCAACUACAGCAGUAUGAUUAUUUUGUUGUGUCUGCUGAUAGAUCUAUGUCACCAGUUUCUAUGACGAUAGCCAAAGCUCAUUUCUUUUAGUUGGCAAUGAAAAUGAUACCACAAUAACUAUUGCACCUACUCAAAUUGUUGAAGUCCCAGUUGAUUCACAAGAUGCUAAUAGUGCACUAUUAUCAGUUGAGCCUGGUGAUGUACACACCAUUACACUGCAUCAAAUGCAAACACUUUUUGUCGGAACAGCAUUUGGUGAUUUGACUGGCACUGCCAUCAUCUCUAAUAAACCAUUGACUGUCAUCAGUGGACAUGAAUGUGGUACUAUUUCUGACGAACUCCUUCAGCAGCUUGAACAAACACAAUAUACGUGGUGGUGGCAGGCCGGCCGAUGGUGCGAUCAUUUUGUGGAGCAGAUUCCUCCUACAGUAACAUGGGGUGAAACAUUUCUAAUCGUUCCAUUUCCCAAUGGGGUAUUUCAACAUUACAAUAAAAUAAUUGGUUCAACUUAUGACACAACAGUUACGCAGACCUGUAAUGGUUCUGUAGUUGCUACUAUUACACUGUCAUCACCAGGGGAUUGGAAUUUUGAAGAUUGGAACAUAACUUAUAACCCAAGAGCAUAUUGUGUUAUUAAAUCAGAUAAACCAAUUCUAGUAAUGCAGUUUAGUGCUGAAGGCCACAUAGAAAAUAUCGAAAAUGUGUCGACAAUUUUCAGUCAAACAAUGAGCAUAGUCCCUCCUGUUGAACAAUAUAUUAACACUGUUCAGUAUAUUCCUAUUAAUGAAUCAUAUUAUAACUCUAAAUUUGUGAAUAAAUAUGUUCACAUUACUACUACUGAUACUUCAUCUGUACUGCUUGAUGGCGUGCCAUAUAACUGGAUUUGGAAUCCUAUUACUGAUCAAAAUGGCAACACUGCAGGAUAUGGUACUAUCCAUGAAUUUUCAGAUGUUAACCCUCAUGUGUUCCAACACAGCAAUCCAUCUGCAGGCCUUAGUGUUAUUGGUUAUGGAACCAAUUAUCACAAUCCUUCAGAUAAUCCUCAAACUUAUACAUUUAUGAUGGGAAUGAAAUUGGAUGCAUUGACAGCAGGAGCUCUUCGUUUGAGUCCAUGGUAUGGUCACAUUUUUGGUGGUGUCCCAGUUAUACUAACAUCUCCUAAAUUUGUUAAACAGCAGCAGCUAGUCACAUGUCGUUUUCAUAAUACUGAAGUGAGAGGUUUCCCCAUUAGUUCUACUGAAGUUUUAUGCAUCACUCCUAAAUUGAAUGUAACAGGAAGGGUAUCUGUACAAUUGCAACAUGCAUAUACACAUGAAGCCUCAUUUUAUUUUCAGUCUAUUGAAAAUGGAUAUAAGGUGAAUAUUAUAUCUAAUGAUCUAUUAAUACAGGCACAAGAUACUAUCACACUAAAGUGGAUUCCAACUAGCCUAUCUGAGAGCACAGGAACUGUUAAUACAGCAAAUCUUCGCAUUAAUAUCAAACUUUAUGUCAUCACUAACAAUUCGGUUGAUCAAGUUAAUGAACUAGCCACCAAUAUUGACAAUAAUGGUUCUUAUACUGUUAGUAUACCAACUGUAUCACAUUCAUCAGCACAAAGUGUCUAUCCAGCCAUCAUUUCUAUUGAAGCUAUAGGAAGUCAACAAAAUCCAGCGACAUAUGAUUAUGCUGAAGGUAUUGUAAAGCAAUGGACUGAUAUGAUAUGGAUUACAAAUGAUGCAAGCAAAUUUUAUAGCAAAUGUAAAGAAUGGUCAAUCAGUGAACCUGCUACAGUUGGUGAGGCAUUAUUGUCAGUUGUACGUUCAGAGGUUCCUUGUCCACCAACUAUUGAUCAAGCAAGAACGGUUAAUAGUGGAUUGAUACAAAACACUAACACCAGACAAAUGAGGUUUCUUCAUCCUAAUGCUGACAAAUGUUACCAUCAAAGAACCAUAGCUAGGACUGAAGGAUCAAGUAAUGAAUGUUGUUAUGAUACCAGUGGUCAAUUAAUCAUUGGCCCAACAAGUGGUGGCUCUGUUGACAAAGCAUCUCCUAUUGGCAGUGAUUCAUCAAACUAUCUGAGCAGUUUAUUAAGUCAUCAUUGGGAAGAUAUUUUACCUUAUAUUUAUUGUUGUAAAGGACCAGCAACAGCUUGUGAGAAGUAUUAUACCAGACGGCCAUCAGACAAUGGUACUGCAUAUGUCCCUCCAAUACCAGGUAUGUUAACAAUAAUACAAUCAAUUAUAACUGAAUAA